AAUAUCAUAUCGCAUUAUGUAAAAUAAACUGCAAAUAUGCGGAGCAUAAGUCAACUUGGCGUGUUUGUGGGCGUCUUUCUCGGGACAGUGGGCUUUCUUAAUGUGCGAAUGCACUUACAACACGCAUCACACCAAAAGCUUCUUCACCUAGAUCAUGGGCACACGCAGUCGUCGCCCGUAGCUGCAGCCUCAGCGCUGGGGCGCAAGGACCCGGUUAAGCCGCUUGCUGUCCAUUCAACAAACGUUAGCGAGGAGAGCUAUCCCUUUAAGAGUGUGGAGGAGGUCAACAUUGGAGUCCAAACCGGGCAUUUCUUUGGCAACGACUUCGAGGGGUUGCAGCAAGGCUGUACGAUAGGGAAGACGACGAUUAAUUGCCGGUAUGGGGUGGGCAUCAACCCGGAGACAGCAGACGCGCUGUGGUACCACAUCCCAUCGAUGGGGGGGUCAAGCAACGUUAAGAAGCACCACCCCAAGCAGCUUCUCAUAGGAAUGAGCAUGGAGUCGUCCGAGUACUACCCGGCCCUGGACAACAAGGACUUCAUGAAGGCCUUUGACGUGGAGUCCUCCUACCGCACCUGCUCCCAGGUGCCCGUCUUCUACUUUGACUACAACGAGAAGCAGGUGCACGCGCUGUUCAAGGCGCCGGUGUCGUUCGAGCAAAAGAAGACGGCGCUGGUGUACGUCAACAGCAACUGCGGCGCCAAGAGCGGCCGCUCCGACAUCAUGCGCCGGGUGAUUGCGCUCAAGGACCAGGAGGUGCCCACACACAGCUGGGGCAACUGCGACCGCAACAUGGAGGUGACUGGCUCGUUCGACAAGAUGGAGCUGAUCCGCGGCUACAAGUUCUGUGUGGCCAUGGAGAACUCCAUCACCAAGGACUACAUCACCGAGAAGCUGUGGCAGGCCCUGGAGGCGGGCUGUGUGCCGGUGUACCUGGGCCCGCACAACGUGGCGGACUUCCUGCCCGACCCCGACGCCAUCAUCGACUACAACAGGCUGGGCUCGCCGGAGGCGCUCAACAAGGAGCUGCACCGGCUGGCCACCGACCGCGACGCCUACGAGGCCAAGCUGGCGUGGAAGUCGCGCAAGUGGGAGGAGCUGGCGCCCUCCUUCCUCAGGAUGGUGGAGCGCAGCCACGUGCGCCAGCCGCACAGCCGCUGCCAGCUGUGCCGCCUGGCGCUCAAGAACCGCUACCGGCCGCAGAACUUCAGCACCUGCCUGUUCGACCCCGAGUGGACCAAGGACUACCACGUCAAGUAGAGGGGAAGGGGUGAGGUGGCGGGCGCCGCGGCGGCAGCAGCGGCGCAGUAGUGGUGAUGGAGGGGUGGUAGAGAGGCAUGGGUGACAUUAGCAGCGAGCGCUCCAGGCAGGCAGGAAGCUGUGACGUGAGCAUAACGCGGCAUUCCUCCACGUGUAUGCCUAUAUGAUUAAAAGUAAGAGCUGUACUGCACGUGUCAACCGUAUGAGAGCUGGUUUGGUACACUUGUAUUUGCGCGAGCACUGCGGCAUGCUGAUGACUCACUGCGCCCGGGGUGGGUAGGGCCGGGUGGAGCAUGUUCUACCAAGUGUGAACUGCAGUAGUAGCCUUGCCAGUCCUGCACUGCCACCGGAUAUGUAUUGCAUGGUGUUCACGAAAACGCACAUGAUGCGCCAUCGGGGUGGAGAGAAGUGCUGCGGCAUGCAUUGUGUUGGCGAGUGCCGGUGGCCCGGUGCAAAAGUCGGCAACCCGGUGAACAGAUGUGGCAGGUCGUGGAUCUGCUUGUAAAGGGCGAAUGGC